CCCUCCUCCUUCGGGGCGUGGCCUCGGCCUGUCAUGGCGGCGGCGGCCUUUUCGGGCCUGAAGGGGCCUGGGCGUCGCGUCAGGGCCCCGUAGCCGAGGAAGGAGGCGGCCGAGGCGGCGGGGCGGGCCCAUGGAGGGCCGGGCGGAGGAGGAGGAGGAGGAGAAGGGCUCCCCUGAGGGGAAGAGGGCGGGAAUCUCCUCAGGGGAAGCAGGCGGGACGAGGCCCGAGGGCGGCGAGGAGGCCCAGGAGGAGGAGGAGGACUCGGUGGGCUCCUUCUCCCACCUGCCCUCCUCCUCGGCCUCCUCCUCCUCGGCCUCGUCCUCCUCUUCCCCGGCCUCCGAAGCAGGCCCCGCCGGGGCAGAAGGCGAAGCGGGUCCCCGGCCUGUCCUGCCCGCCGCCCCCGCCGUCCCUGCAGCCCCUGCGGGCAAGGAGCGGGGCCUCCCGGCGGGGCAGGGCGUGUACCACCUGAAGUGGGUCCGGUGGAAGGAGGAGCAGACGCCGCUGGUCACCCAGAACGAGAACGGGCCCUGCCCCCUCCUCGCCAUCAUGAACGUCCUCCUCCUCGCCUGGAAGGUGAAACUGCCACCAAUGAUGGAAAUUAUAACUGCUGAGCAGUUGAUGGAAUACUUAGGAGACUAUAUCCUUGAUUCAAAACCAAAAGAAAUCUCGGAAAUUCAGCGCCUAAACUAUGAGCAGAACAUGAGUGACGCGAUGGCAAUCUUGCACAAGCUGCAGACGGGGCUGGAUGUCAACGUCAGGUUCACGGGCGUCCGGGUCUUUGAAUACACGCCCGAGUGCAUUGUGUUCGACCUUCUCGACAUCCCCUUGUACCACGGGUGGCUGGUGGACCCCCAGAUUGCUGACAUUGUGAAAGCUGUUGGCAACUGCAGCUACAAUCAACUGGUGGAGAAAAUUAUUUGCUGUAAACAGUCAGACAAUAGUGAACUGGUUGAUGAAGGUACGGUGGCGGAGCAGUUCCUCAACAACACGGCCACUCAGUUGACCUACCACGGCCUCUGCGAAUUGACGUCCACCGUUCAAGAGGGGGAGCUGUGCGUCUUCUUCAGAAACAACCACUUCAGCACCAUGACCAAACACAAGGGCCAGCUCUACCUUCUGGUGACAGACCAGGGCUUCCUUACCGAAGAUAAAGUUGUCUGGGAAAGUUUGCACAACGUGGAUGGGGAUGGAAACUUCUGUGACUCUGAGUUCCACCUUCGACCGCCGUCUGACCCGGAAACGGUCUACCGAGGGCAGCAAGACCAGAUAGAUCAGGACUACCUGAUGGCCUUGUCCUUGCAACAAGAGCAGCAGAGCCAGGACCUCAGCUGGGAGCAGCUGCCUGAAGGCAUCAGCGACCUGGAGCUUGCCAAGGAGCUGCAGGAGGAAGAGGACCGGCGGGCCUCCCAGUACUAUCAGGAGCAAGAGCAAGCGGCCGCUGCAGCCGCCGCCGCCGCCGCCACGGCUGCUCCGGUCCCGGCGCCUGUGCCGGGAGCGGCCUCCCCUUCCACGGGAAGGCCGUCGGGGGGCAGCGAGCGGAAGCAGAAAGAGCCGAAGGAGAAGGAGCCCCGGGAGAAAGAGAAGAGCAGCUGUGCCAUCCUAUAGUGGCGGUGGGGGCGGGAGCAGGCCCUGCCUGGACUCAAGCACACCUCGGGCCCCGCCUGUGCCCCACGCCGCCGCCUGUGCCUCGCAGCCCCACAGAGACCGCCGGAGGGGAGGGAGGUCCAAGGCCAGCCCAGGGAGAGGAACCGGAGGCAUCGCUGACGCUGGGCUCCAGCCAGUGCCUUGGUUGCCAUCAGGGAAGCCCCAGCAUCAUGGAGGCAAGCUUUGGGCCUCUCGCGGCCCCAUCACACACACCCCCCGACGCCUGGGGCCCGUUCCUUCUGAUGGACAGACACUCUACUCAGCAGAAUAUUGGCCAAGGCUGGCUGAGUGCCAAGCGUGGUGGAAGAGAAGCCCUCAGCAAGGGGAACGGUGGUGGCUGGAUCGUGGUGCCCCACCAAGAGACCUGAGCCCAGCACUGUGCUGCUCUCCAUCGGACCGCUCUCUGCGCCGGAGGAAGAUGGGGCUGGAAGGGGAAGCGGAGGUGGAUUGAGACCCGGUGGGUGUCUGCCUUGGCCCUUCUCCCCGAAGAACGCGAGGCGAGUGCGGGCGACGUGUUUGCUUGUAUGCCUUAUCAUGUGUACUGUAGGUAGGUGCCGUGUCCCGCGGGCACCAGCGCAGCUUUAAAGCACAUCUGGGGCCGAGUGCAGGGGCUGCCUCCUCCCCAGGGAGCAGUGGGGGUCCUCCCGGUGUUGCUGGGCAGAGCCCCACUCAGGCUGGAGCAGGUGGAGGAGGGGUCUGUGUUCUGGCCAAGUCCCAAGGGCCACCCGCUGCCCACUCGGAGGCCGUGGCCCAAAUUGUGGGGCUCACUUGUAUAUUUGAACUUUGGGAGCGGAGGUGGGGAUGGUGGGGCCUCAUUCUUUGUGGGAAAGACACACAGCUGUAAAAACUUGUGGUUGUAUGUUGGGCCAUCCAGAUUUUAUAACCCAGCGUGCUCCAUCUCAUAUUUAUAGGUUCCCGGCGAGGGAGCUUUUGUUGGAUUUUACUGUUACUGGGAUGGGGGGCCGUGAGCGCUUCCUCCCUCCCUCCCUCCUUCCUUUUGAUAACUUUCUAUAUCAGUUUGUAGAUGCUUCCGACAGACAGAACGUGCUGUACUUCCUAAGGCCUGGGCUCCCGCGCGUUACAGCCGGGCCUCCGUGUGACAAUCUUACUCCUGGGGGUGGGAGAGGGUAGUCUAGCCAAACACUUCAGUAACCCAUUUCUAACUCUCUGCCGUUUCCUAAAACUUCUACGUCGGAGGAGCCAAAACGUUGGGAGCGGAUGCUCCUGUGCUUGCCCCUUCCCCGAGAUGGAACGAUUUGCCUUAGCCCCCUCCCCCCAAAAAACGCCAACCGUUUUGCUCUUUGUGCUAAGAACCGUGGUGGCUUCAUUCUGACCCGGAUCAUGUCUGUCUGGUCUCUCUCGCCCUCUUCCGAAACCUCUCCUCCCCCCACUUUAGACAGUAGCGCCGACACCUCUUUGUACGGUUAAGCCUGAACACGGGAUCUGCCACUCAAAUCUUUUUUCUUUGCAAAAGGAAAACAAAAAUCACUGAGGUAUCUGUUUACAUUAAGCGUUAAGUUUGUACCAUUAUGGUUUUUGUAACGUGCUGAACUUGGAAGAUGUGGGGGAGACGCUUGCGCACCCGAUUCGUUGUUUCCUUUAGUGCAGGCAUGGGCCAACUUGGGCCCUCCCUCCGGGUGUUUUGGACUCCAACUCCCACAAUUCCUAACAGCCCUAACAGUGUUGGAGUCCAAAACACCCGGAGGGAGGGCCCAAGUUGGCCCAUGCGUGCUUUGGUGGCAUAAAUUGAUGGUUUGCGUAGUACAAUUCACCCCAUAGCACCACCACUCGAGCACUGCCAAAUACUUUUAUAAUUUUAUAUAACGGGAAAAAAGCACUUCAUGUGUGUUAAAAGUAUUGUUGAACAAAAAAAUAAUCAUGUGUCUUGUUUUCGUCCUGGCUUGCAUUCCAGUAGUGCCCCCUUCCUCCUCUCUUUUGCCUUGGUUUUGCCUGCCUCCCCCCUCCAACCCCACAUCAUCUCCUUCCCAGAUUUUGGCUGGCCAGGUGCUUGGCUUUAGCAAGCAGGUAAAACUUUGCAUGGAUUGACACUGUGAUCCGCAACCGGUCCUCUCUCUUUCUCUGUUGGAUCUUGCCCACUUAGUGCAGCGGUUUGAGCCGAGAACUGUUGCCGCAUUCCCUGUUGUUUCCUGUCUAAUUUUAUAUAUAUAUUAUAUAUUAUAUUUAUAAUUUUUAACAGUCCUGAGUAACUUCUUCCUGUAAUAAAUAUUGUUUCAACUUGA